ACCAACUCUUAAGUAUAACAUAUCAAGUGCCAGCUAUUCACUCCGAUCUUUCUAACGUCACCAAUUAUUUUCUCUUCUUCUGCUUCUCCCUAUAUAUACUCAUCACCUUCUGCUUCUACUUCAUAAAAAAAACAACUUAAUUAAAAAAGAAAAAAAAAAAACUGAUAUUGUGGAGUAAUUAAUAUUUGUAAUUUGAGUGGAAAAAAAAAAAUCAUUAUUCAGGAAAAAUGGUGAAGGGAGUGCUGUCAAAAAUAGCUGAAGGAAAUGGGCAUGGUGAAGAAUCAGCAUAUUUUGAUGGGUGGAAAGCUUAUGAAAAUGAUCCGUUUCAUGCUGUUAACAAUCCUUCUGGUGUAAUUCAGAUGGGUCUUGCUGAAAAUCAGCUAUGCUUUGAUUUGGUUAAAGAUUGGGUGCUGAAAAACCCUGCUGCUUCUAUUUGUACUGUUGAAGGAGUUGAUAGCUUCAAAGAUAUUGCCAUCUAUCAAGAUUACCAUGGUUUACCACAGUUUAGAAAUGCUGUGGCUGGAUUUAUGGAGAGAGUGAGAGAUUAUAGAGUGACAUUUGAUCCACAGCGCAUAGUAAUGAGUGGUGGAGCUACUGGAGCCCAUGAGUUAAUGGCAUUUUGCCUGGCCAACCCUGGUGAUGCUUUCCUUGUUCCUACACCCUAUUAUCCUGGAUUUGAUCGAGAUUUAAGGUGGAGAACAGGAGUACAACUGUACCCAGUGGAAUGUCACAGUUCAAACAACUUCAAAGUAACAAAACAAGCCUUAGAAAAAGCCUAUGAGAAAGCUCAAAAAGAGGGUAUCAAAGUGAAGGGAUUACUGAUAACAAACCCAUCAAACCCAUUAGGGACAGUCCUUGACAGAGAGACUUUAAAAAGCAUAUUAACUUUCACAACUUAUAAAAACAUCCAUUUAGUAUGUGAUGAAAUUUAUGGGGCAACUGUGUUUGGUUAUCCUAACUUUGUUAGCAUAGCCGAGAUACUAUUAGACCAAAAACACAACCCGGAUCUCAUACACAUCGUGUAUAGCCUCUCGAAAGACUUAGGUUUCCCUGGCUUUCGAGUGGGGAUCGUGUACUCUUAUAACGAUGAUGUUGUAAGUUGUGCAAGAAAAAUGUCGAGUUUUGGCCUUGUUUCUACCCAAACACAAAAUCUUAUAGCAUCCAUGCUGUCAGAUGAUGAGUUUGUGGACAAAUUCUUGACUGAGAGUAGUAAAAGACUCGAAAUUCGACACAAUUUGUUCACUUGGGGACUUAACCAAGUUGGUAUUCAAUGCUUGAAAAGCAAUGCAGGACUGUUUGUAUGGAUGGAUUUGAGGCAACUUAUUGAAGAAAAUCCAACCGAAGAAGGAGAGCUCACGUUGUGGCGAGUGAUUAUUAAUGAAGUGAAGAUAAAUGUAUCACCAGGGUGUUCAUUUCAUUGUAAAGAAGCAGGAUGGUUCAGAGUAUGUAUUGCUAACAUGGAUGAUGAAACAAUGCAAGUUGCUUUAAAAAGGAUUAGAAUAUUUGCUGCACAAAAGGUGGCAAAACCUGUUGUUGCUCAUGCAAAGAGGAAGUGUUUUCAAACCAAUCUUCAACUCAGGUUAUCAGCUAGAAGGUUGGAUGAUUUAAUGGGGGUUUCUCAAAUUGGAUCUCCUCAUUCCCCAUUGCCUCAAUCACCCCUUGUUCGUGCUCAAAAUUAAGCUUUUUUAGCAUGGAAAAUGCAUGUGCAUAAGUGUAUUAUGUGAAAUAAGAGUGAUAUCAAUAUCUUUUUUUUUUUUUUUGAUCGGGGUAGGGUUGAAUAUUUCUCUACAGGUAAAAGAGAAUGGAAAAUUAAUCCUUCUUAUAGGUGGUGAUCGAUAAUCAAAUUCUUAUUAUAAGAGUGGGAGGAAAACCUUGAAUCAUAGCCCACCCAUGAUCAAUAUCUUAAUUGAGAAUAUAUAUUGUAUUGUGAUCAUUGAGUUUGUAUGUAGUCCAAUAUUGGUUGUUGAUCAAUAAUGAAUUGUAUCAUGUACGUUAAAUUUAUGUGAUUUGCAUUUGUAUACCGGUACUUAUGAAAGUAAAGAUUUUUAUUUAAAAAGCAUAAUCUUUAAGAUUAAAAAUUUUAUGGAAAAUCUAAACUAGUUUGUUUUGAUGAAAAUUUUAG